GUUUAUUUAUGCACUUUACCACUGCCUGUGCCAUCUGGCUGAACUUGAGCCAUUUUGAGGACUAAAGUUCUACUAGCAAAACCCCUUGAAACUUCUUGGAAAUGUUCCAAAUGUUCACCUAUGUUUUUGGAGCCGCCAGCAAUGUAUCAAGCCAAGAGCCUGAAUUUAGUGAAAAAAACGAUGAUGAAUGGAUCCUUGUGGAUAUUAUUGGUAAGCACAUUUUAAUUACUCACAACUUUGAUCUUCCCUUGCCGCAUAUGGUAGUUGUAUUUCGAACAUACUCCUAUUAUCCUACAGAAAUUUCUGUUGGAAGCCACGAUGUACAUAUCUAAAUUAUCAUUUAAUCAUUAUCAUUUUUUUUUUUUUUUGUUAUUCAUAAAACCCUACUGUUUUGUGAGUCUUCAAAUACUCUUAGAGUUACUACAACGAUUACGACCACUUCAGUGAUUUGAAGUGGUAAUAGUGUAUCUACAGUGUUUCAGCUUGAAACACUGCAUUUAGUGGGGGUUUUUUUUAAUUGUGCAGCAGGGGCUAGUUGAGCCCCCAGCACACUUGAUUAAGGCAGCCCAGAACUUUGUUCCAGGCCGCUUGCACCUCAUCCUGGCAGCAGACUUCUAUCUAUACCUUGCAGGCAGAGCACCUGCAAAGGGAAGCACACUCUCUCCUCCCUCCAUUUUAAACUGUGAUAAAUCCUUCCUCCUUACCACUCCCUAACUGGCAAAUUGGUCCAGUCAGAGGCUUUUCAAUGAGCAGCCCAUUAUUGUACCGCACAUGGUCACUGUGAUGUAAAAGGGGGCAUGCAAACUGGUGCCGGGAGCACUAGAUUCCAGGUAAGAAAAAUAUUUCUUUACAGGUUAUACAGCAAACUGGGGGGCAAGGGGGUAAGGGGUGGGAAGGUAACGCAUAGUGUCCAAUAGGGCACAUUACACAGAAUAGGUCCCUCUCCAAAAGGGUUGCAUAACACUUUAACAUCAAGUUAUAGUGAAUUGAAAACAAUUGCAAAAUAUAGUCAGUAAGUGGGGGGUGGGGGGAAGAAAAACUCUUAAACUUAGCUAAAGUUGCAGCUUGGUUAUGUAGCCUAAAUGUAACCUUAUUGAAUGUGUUCUCAAGCACUCACAUGGAAGUGGUGGGUGGAACAGUUCUGUAUGUGAGUAAAAGUGGUAAAAACAAAGUUCAGUCUCCACAAUACAGAGGGACUGUGUAUCGUCAAAAGAGAACAAAUAGACUCUGCUUAUAUUCACUAGCCCUACCCAAAUAGUAUGCACUUGGAGUCUGUAACAAACAGCACAAUUUCAGCCUUACUGUCAAUAGGGUUUAUCUUGGAUUAAAGACCUCUUCAUAGAACAUUUACACCAAAUAUGCCAAUACUUUGUAUUUACACUCCCUACCUUUCUCUUCUCCAGUGGAUUCCUGUACUACGCAGUCUGAUGCCACAACUGUUGAAGAACCUGCGCCUUUUGAUGAAACCCCUUCACUGUUUACAGUAGGUGCCUUUGAACCAUUUGAAAACACCAGUGACUCUGUCUUUGUACAUUUCAAUCCAUCCUCCAUGGAGGAGAGCUGGUUUGUGACGCCACCCCCAUGUUUUACUGCAAGAGAAUUGACCACUACUGAGGUGGAGACCAGCCCCAUGGAAAAUCUUUUAAUAGAGCAUCCAAGCAUGUCGGUGUAUGCUGUGCGGAACCUGUGCCAUAAAGAGGUUGCAGCCUGUGAGUCAAAGUCUCUCAGCUCCUCUAAUGUUGAGUAAGUUAAUAUGCUUCUGUUUAAUUUAUGUUUGCAACUAGUUGAAUUGGAUGUAAUGACUGUGUGUAUAAUUCAAACAUUGGUUUUUAUAUAAGCUUCUUGGGUCUCCUACAGAGUAUAUGAUGUUAUACUGUCUGUUUCAAAUUUCUAGUUCACAAUUAAGCUCUAUUGAAAUAUCAUAAGUGAGAUAUAUAUAUUAUUUAGUGUGAGACACAUUACAUUUUAAACUCUCUCAGUUCUUGUCAGUGGUCUAUGCUUACGUACAGAGAAGGGGUUGUAGUAAACCUGUGCUACAGGUGGUUCUUCUACUCUCUUCUACUUCUACUCUCUAGCACAGCACCCACAGUAGUUUCUGUUGAGCACAUAUCCUGCCAAGUGUUUUUACUCUGUUAUAGGAACAUUGUAGUCACCAAAACAUCUUUAGCUUAAUAAAGCAGUUAUUGUGUAUAGAUCCUACAUCUGAAGUCUCACUGCUCAAUUUUUUUUUGCCAUUUAGGCGUUAAAUCACUUUUGCUUCUGCUUAUGCAGCCCUAGCCACACCUCCUCUCACUGUGACUCACACAGCCUGCAUGAAAACAAUAUGGUUUCAUUUUCAAUCAAAUUUGCUCUGUAAAUUGAACUUUAUUUACAUACAGGAUCUAGCAAGCUAUUAACAGAGCAGGAGAUGAAGUGUAAACAUUAGAUGAUCAUUUACAGGAAGUAAUUAGGAAGGCUGUGCAAGUCACAUGUAGGGAGGUAUGCCUAGGGCUGCAUAAAGUGAUUUAUUUUUUUUUAUUUUUUAUUUUAUUUAUUUUAACUCUUAAAUCAUGCUUGAGUACCCUGGUAAGGGGCUCAGUACAGCACAGAGGCUCACAUGAGAACAUAUGUAGUGUUUUGUGGUCAGGUUGGGCUGAUAUUUACUUAACCUGUUAGUAUUUUAAAGGUUGUGACGUAUUUUGUGUAUAACGAACUAUAUUGUUACAAUGGCACCGGUCAAGGGACGAAAUAUAUUGGGCAGCGAGUGAACAGUCCGUUCUUGAAUUUCAUGUGUUGGAAGCAAGAAAAAUUGACAAUUUGAAAAGAUCUGAGCGGCUUUGACAAGGGCCAAAUAGUGAUGGCUAUACUACUGAGUCAGAGCAUCUUCAAAACCGCAAGUCUUGUUGGGUGUUCGUGCAGUGGUUAGUAACUACCACAAAUCGGUGCAAGGAAAGACCAAUGGUGAACCAGGGUCAUGGGUGCUUAAAGAUCAUUUAUGCACAUGGGGGGUGAAAGCUAUCCUGUUUAGUAUGAUCACCCUAGCCAAAAUGUAAAUGCUGGCCACGGUUGGUGUCAGAACACCGUGCAUUGCAGUUUGAUGUGUAUGUAGCCACAGACCAGUCAGAAUGCCCAAGAUAAUCCCUUUUACAUUGCUGAACGUGCCUUCAUUUGUGACAUGAGGAUCCGAACUGGACCAUGGAGCAGUAGAAGAAGAGUGCCUGGUCUGAUGAAUCAUGUUUUCUAUUAGAUCAGGUGGAUGGCCAAGUGUCUUUUACCUGUGAAAGAUGGCAUCAGUAUGCACUAUGCAAAGAAGGCAGGCCGGCAGAGGCAAUGUUCUGCUGGUAUUGAGCAUCUGUGGGAUGUGCUGGAACAGCAAAUCCAAUCAAUCGAGGCACCACCUUGCAACUUGCAGGACUUAAAGGAUCUGUCGCUAAUGUCUUGGGGCCAGAUGCCACAGGACACAUUUAUGAGUUCUUGGAGUUAUGCCUUAGAUGUAUCAGAGCUGUUUUGGAAACAGAAGGGUGACAUAAGGCUGGUGGUGUUAAUGUUGUGGCUGAUCAGUGCAUCUUUCCUAACCAGACCACAUUGCCCAGAACUUUUAAAGUAGGCACUUGAUCAGAUGGGAGCCUGCACUGCUGCCUCACAGGCAGCAGCAGUAAAAGAUGAGAUCCCCUUUUUGUCUUGCAUUACAUUUAGUGUGGUCUUAAAAGCGCAUUAAUUGUUCUCUACCAAAUAAGGGCUCUGAUGUGGGGCCGUGUAUGGAGGGGGCAGGGAUAUGGCAUUUCUAUAUAUUGUCACCCUCUGCCUUUCUCCCUGCACUUCUGUCCUAGUAUGCUUGCUGUAAAAAGGGAGGAGCACUGCAAAUGGACUAAGCUUCUAGCCACACGCUCUGGAUAUUUAGGAGCUCUGGAUAAUUUUGGCUGAUUACUGUGGUGGAAAGAUGGGGUUCUGUGUGUGUCAGUUUUUCCUUUUUUGACAAUGUGCAUACUUGUUUGACAGUGAGGGUCUCCUCUGACUGUGCCAAUCUAUGGCUGUAUACUCACUCAAACUUUAAAAUCACUUUGAAUUCCUGACCAUUCUCACUUAAAGCCAAAAUAGCUGAACCAGAAAUUUUGAUCCGCUUUACUUCUAGUUCAGCUACUUUCACACUGAAUUCAACUCCCUUUACAUGUCUGACAUAUCGAAUAUCCCAGAUAAUUUGUCUCUAUGAUUUAGAGAAUGUUUACUUGGGUCCUAAUUUCUAGGGAAAGUUUGUGAAACCCUGUGAUGUGGUGACUUGUAUUUGUAACAAAACUUGUCUUUGUUUUAGGUUGACUAAAGAAAACGAAAAAAAAGGUCGUCAACACGCACACUGCUAUGUUGCAGCUCUGGCUGCACGUAUGAACUAUCUGGAAAAGACCAAAAAGUUUAACUGUUCAAAAUUAUCUCGACAACAAUCUGAGAAGUAUUUUCUCAACCGAAAAAGCCUUCGACAUCAAAACCUCAUUCAAGGAUCCCACUGCCGUCAAAUCAAGCACAGUGGACUUGUUCACCAGCCUUGCAAGCGUCGGUACAAUUAUUGAGGGAAUAGUCUUCGCAUGUACAACUCCAGAGGGGUAUGCAAAUGGUUGGGUCAUGGGCUGCUCUGGUUUCAGAACAUUGAGCUAAAAGGGAUUAAAUGUUUUUGUUUUGUUCUUUAAUAUAAAAAGUUG